AACCGAGACGACGCCAAUCAAACAAAAGGCUAUUCUCGACAACGUUCCAUUCCCAUGGGAACCCUUGCCAGUUGAGCUCAAAGUCGAAAUCCUCAGGUACUGGCUGGUAGUACGCAUCUCCGUUGAGCAUAAUCACAAGCACAAGAUUAUCUCUUUGUUCCUUACGAGCAAAGGCAUGCGUAAGAUUGCGCUGGAUGUUUGGGGCCAGAACCUUUUCAGGCUACGUUUCAGACCCGUGGCAGGACAUAUCCAGGGUGAACCACGUCAAGUGAAUCUUGCGAUGACACGUCCAUCGCCAGGGAGACAUUGUCGCGGGUCACACGUGCGUUUCGACGUUCCUCGCAUGCUGAGUUGGCGCAAGCAUAUACUCGUAGACAAAGGGUCAUAUCCGCGAUGGGAUGACUGCCAGGAACGAGUCAACGUAUGGCGUCGUCUCUUGACUUCACAAAAUCCUCUGGUAGAUUCACAUGAUACCGCCUGGCAGCAGGAACUUCCAAACCCACGAGACUUGUGUGUCAUCCUGAAAACGGAGAGGACACCCUUGCUUUGGCAUCAGAGCAUCGAAAGAUUCCUGAACGCUGGGCUCUGCCAUUUGCGCGCCGAUCGCGUCACGGUGAGAACCGAUGGCUGGCAGGGAGACUCUUACUGCGUGACAGCAACGGACUUUGACAAUAGCGGUCGCGAAGUGCGUGGAUUUGCAAUGGUCAGACAUUGUCCGCAUCGUUGCGCCGCGGGACCCGCGAUAGGUCUAAGAGCGCUAAUGGAGCGACCUCGUCGCGUGGCUGAGAAAGAGUGAAGGAUACAACAGGCCGUUGUGGAUGGGCGCUCGAAGUUGUGUAGAGCCGUGAAGGGUCGCUGGGAAUUGUACUGGUAGAUGAUAAACGUUGAUCAGCGUAGCACCGUUCAACGACUGUACUCCACAGAGGUAGUGCGUGAA